AUGCCUGCUGCUGUCCCCUGGACCACCGAGGCAGUUCCAUGUCUGAAUGGCCUAGACCGCACGAUGGGAGAGUCUGCCGCCACUGCCUCUGCAGAUGGCGAAGGCUCUGACAGCACAACGGCGGAUGGCCGCAGGGUCGUCAAUGUGGCUGUUGAUGGUGAUAUUGUGCUGGACGUAACUUUUGAGACGUCGCUUGAGACACUCAGGAAGCAUCGAAAGGCCGAAGCGGCGGCCCUGCGCAAAACGCGGGCGCCCAGCCAGCAGCUGCCCCCCGCCAGCAGCGGCACGCGCGUUCGUGUUGCAUACCGGUUGAGUCUCGAGGUGCUGAAACGCAGCUCAAAGUACUUUGCCAACCUGCUCUCCAACCCCAAGUUUUGCGAGGCCGAGGCUAUUUCCAGCGCCCAUGCCACGCUGCACUCGAUGAGGAUUCCGCCCAAAGAGGCGGCUGUGGAUGAUCUUCCCUGGGUGGCUGUCGCCGAUGAUGACGACGCCACCAAGGCUGCUGGCCGCGAGACCGCGUUUGAGGACAUGAUGCGCAUACUGCACAGGAAGCCGGUCAAAGAGACUCGAGCAACCAUGUCGUAUGCCACCACCAUGGCCAUCAUUGCAGAUCGAUUCGACUGCGUGGCGAUAGUGGCGCGGGCUCUCAACACUGAUCUCAAGUUCAAAUGGCCGUUGACCAGUACAAAGCCGCUUGUGGAUGACGCAGGCCGGCCAACGGAUGUAGAGCAAGUCUUGCGUCAGAAAAUCUUGGUUUCGUGGUUGCUAGGACAGCCGCUGAGACUGCAGCAGUCUUCGCGUGAGCUCAUCAUACGCGGAUCUAGCUACUGGAGUGUAUAUCAUGAGCCAGAGACGGCCUCGACAGCUGCGUGGUGGAAUCUUCCCGAUGGCAUCGAAAAUGAACUCCAAUACCGUCGAGAGUGCAUACUCAACACUAUCGCUUCUGUGCAAAAGCAUUUUGUCGAUUUGUAUUCGUCCCGCGAAAGGCAGUGCAAGAUGGGUUAUGACUCUAGCGCAGCGUGCGACUCGUUUCAACUCGGACAGAUGAUUAAGUUUCUCGUCUCAAAGAAUUUGCUAUUUCUGGUCGACUACAGCGCGGCAUCCAUCAAUGCAGUGCCCGAUGCGUCGUCCGUCAACAUUGAGGGGCUCCUCGUCACGCUGCGGCAGUGCCCCAAUUACCAGAUUGAUAAGAACCACACAAACUGCGGUCCGCGAGUGCGUUUAGGCCCAAUACUAGACUACAUGCAGUCGAUGCUCUCCGCGAGCGUCGUGUCCUUGUCGCAUGCCGACUGGACGAAUCGGCGAGAGACGGCGUCCUGGGCGACAGGGGACGGCUCAGACACGGCAGGCGACGGCGAGAAGGACAAGACAUUCCUCUUUACGCGAUCCGUAGCUAAUGACCAACGUCUGCGGUAUGAAGGUGCGCUGUAUGUUGAUAAGAUGGCCAAGCGGCUGUUUACAUCUGAGACGUGGAACUGGACCCCGGAGAUAUAG